AUGAAGUUCUUCAUCCCUGCUUUCCUUUUCGCUGCUACCGCCAUGGCUUUGCCUGGCUCCGGCUCUGCCGCUGGCGUUGCUCCCCUUUCCGAGAACGAGGUCGAAAACGCUGUCAACAAGUGCGGUGAUGGUGCUCAGAUGUCUUGCUGCAACAAGAUUAACAAGAAUGAGGGCGUCACCCAGAACAACAUCGGUGUUCUCUCCAACGUCCUCGGUGCCAUUGGCAGCGAGGGUCUUGGUGUUGGCCAGGGUUGCACUCAACUUGACAUUCCCGUCUCCGUUCUCGGUGCUGCCGGUCUGACCGACUUCCUCAAGAAGAACUGCCAACAAAACAUUGCCUGUUGCCAGAACUCCAACUCCCAGGCUAACGGCAAUCUUGUCGGUGUUGCUCUCCCCUGUGUCAGCUUCGGCGGCUUGCUGUAA